GUGGCGUCGGCGGCGCCUUGGGUGGGUCGGCGGCCUAGCGGCAGGGGGCGCUCGCGCGGCGGGAAGGUGGCGCCUGCGCUGCCAAAAUGGCCGACUCGGAAGAUGAGUUUCGGCUGCGGGAUCCGCCGGGGAGAUGGCGGCGGCGGCCUCGCGAGGUUGGCACAGCCGCGGCUUCCGCCGCCCGCCCGCCCCCCCUCUCCCCGGAGCCCGGGCAGAAGCGACGCGGGGCCCCUCGGCCGGCCGGGAGGAAGAGGCGGCGGGAGGCGGCCGGGGAACCGCUGGCGGUCCCGGCCAGGUCGCGCUCGGAGGCCGCGCACGGCGGGAAGCGGCCCAGGAGGGCGGAGACGAGGGGCCGCGGGAGGUCGCCGCCGCCGCUGCUGCUCCAAGGGCCUGAGGAGGCCCGCCGAGGACUCGAGGCCCGGGCGGCCCUACUGCUGUCGGAGGCCCCGGCUGCGCCUCGCACGCCCCCGCUGCCCGCCAGCCGCUGGAAGGGGCCCCCGGCUAAUGCGGGCCCGGCCGGCUGGCUGUGGGAGCUGAGCUCGUUGACGGGAGUCCCGGCCGUCGCCCCUUGGGGGGCUGAUCAGAGGUCGGCAUCCAGCCCGCCUGGGGCGCCAGCGGAGCUUCCGGAGACGGAGCGUUUCCCAAGCAGAGCCGGCGACUGCUACGAAGCCGCCAGUCCGACAGAUGCCGCCGAUACCCUGCGAGAUCUCCUGGCGUUGGCCGGGGAAGGACUCACGUUCACCCAGUGGAGCCUUGAUGUGGGGCGGCUGGAGCACCCGGAAGAAGAACAGAUGCCACAUGCUCAGCAAAAGGCUUUUACUUGGUUGUUGGAGAAGCAGCAGCAGCAGCAGCAGCAGCAGCAACUAUCCCGAAAGUGCUCCUGUGAAGCAUUCCCUGUUGGCUCACUGACUGCUGCCUUCAAGGAGAUGGUUAAUAACCCUCAUUUGAGCGACAUCCAGAUCCAGGUGGAUAGCGGGGAAGUCUUUUAUGCCCAUAUGUUUGUAUUGUAUGCACGGUGUCCUGAGCUUUUACAAUUUAUUGACCACAGACGUUUUGUGGUGGCUGAAGAAGGAGAAGUUGGAGCCUCCCGUGUGCUGCUACAUGAUGCUCCAGGGGAUGCUGUUGCUCUGUUCUUGAAGUACCUCUACACAGCUGAACAUUUCAUACCCCAACAUUUGCUGUCAGAUGUGAUUGACCUAGCAAUAAGGUUUGGAAUGAAAGAAUUGGCUGUUCUGUGUGUAGGCCAACCUAGUGAAGAGGUAUCUGUAGAAAAGCCAGCUGAUGAUAAAGACGAAGUUGAAAAUUUUGAAGAACUUUUGAAAUCCAUGUGGCAGGAUGAAGAUGAAGAAACUGCAGCAAAAUCUGUAUGCAGAGAUGAAAUCAGUGACAAUAUGAAUGAGCAGGAAUUAGAGGAGAUCUAUGAGUUUGUGGCUACCCAGCGCAGAAUGACAUCUGAUGAAGCCAGGAAGGAAAAGGUUUGCACUGAAUACAGACGUGAUGAAGUGGAAAAGAAAAUUGGCCAAGAUGGUGCUUCUUGCCCAAGAAAGGUGCUAGAGAAGCCCAGAAGAGGCAUGACACUUAGGAAAAGUGAAAUAAAAAGUGAUCAAGACUCAUCCAAAUUGAAAACCUCUAUUGCCAGCAUGGAAAAAGAUCUGAAAAAGUAUUCUGUUGAGUUCCAGCGAGAUUUUAAGGAAAUAGUGUCCUUCGGAGCAAGUACUAGAAAAGAGCCCACAAGUGAGAUUCAUCUCAGGUUAGCGGGGGAUUCCACUCAUAGUAAUCAUCUGGAGAGGUCUACAGCCCAAUUUUCUAUGUCAGAAAUGAACUGUUGUUCUCUGUGGGAGAAGAAUAUUAACACAGCCAAAGAUGAAAUUACAGCAAGAAAUUCUCCAAGAUUUUUUCAAGUGCCAGCAAAAGAUCUCCAGAUGACUUUGCCAAGAGACCUAGAAGUUCUUUUCUCUCCAAUAACAUCUGCAUCACAACCAAACAUAUUAGAUAGGCUUCCCUCUCAAAAUGAUAAGCAAGAGAAUAUAAACAGGAAGGGAGAGGCUCCUAUUGGCAGCCUAGAGAAGUCUGGUGUGGUGAAUCCUCAUGAUCUGAACAUGACGGGUGAUCAUAUUGUAGUACUGGAUUCUGAUGAAGAGCUGGAGCAGAAGGCAGAAAAGAAACAGGCAGAAGCCGCUUCAAGCUUCUCUGAGCAACACUCAUGGCAUAAAGAGAGCCCUGUUGGUGAUGUCAUGAACUGCUGGAGCCCAGGCCCUCCCCAGCAGGAUGUAAGUAAAGUGGGAGAUGGAUUGGGCACACUAAUGUGUAAUGAGGCACAAUCUUUGGGUGAAUGCCAUCAGCCCUUGGACCUGAGUAAUCACAAAGAAGGCAGCUUCUGGGGAGGUUUAGGCUGGAGUGAAGAAAGGACAUUGGUGGUGCCUGAAACUCCUGUGGCAGCCUGGAAUAGCUUGGAUGAUGUGCAGGUUGAAAAAUCCAGGUUGAAUUCUUCCCUUGAAAAACAAUGGACUUAUGAAACCCAGACAGAACUGUCUUGCAACUAUAAACCUCUGCCGGUGCUUUCAUCUACUUCUUUGCUCGAAAUAGUGAAAUCUGACAAUGGCCUGUGUGCAGCAGAGAGAGAUGUGGUGGUUGUGGAUGAUAAUGAGGAGGAGCAGGAAGCAGUGCCACUAUGUUCAAGGGGCAUCUUUGUAGAACCUUUGGAGGCAAUAAUUGCAAAUGCCAGAAAUCCUUUGAGGACUUCUGUGCACAUGUUUGACAUUCAGAACAAUCACCCUGUGACUGUUGCUAGUAGUGUAACUAAUUCAGCAGCUACAUUCCAUUUUGGAAUGGGAGAUUUGCACAACUCUCAAAAUUGGCCUGGAGAAGACUCUGAUAGCAAUGAAGCUCUUCCUGCCUCCUCAAGUUUGUCUGCUUCCAUACCUGUUCCAAAGGUUUCUGAUCUUGCCUGCCAAGCCAGGGACAUCUCUUGUGUUACUCCGCUCAUGCCCUUUCCACCUUAUUCAAGCAUGGACACCCCAGAACUGAAGAAGGAAUUGAGCAGAUUUGGUGUUCGUGCUCUCCCAAAACGGCAGAUGAUUUUAAAACUGAAGGAAAUUUUUCAGUUUACUCACCAACAGGCAGGAACCGACUCUAAGAAAAAAACUGUGCCGGUUUCUACCAGUUCCUUUUGGAAACUGCAGCAAAAAUGUCUUUCCCCUUAUCGACUGCUUCAGGGGAGCCCAAAUAGAACUAAACAUAUAGAUCUCUCUGAAGGAGAUGCUCAGGGGCCACAGGCUGGACUUGUGUGGCCGAAGGGAGUUGCUCUUCCUGCAAACAGAUUAACUGAUGGAGAGGGUAAUGGAGAUUUAAUCCUGACAACUUCUGAAGCGUCAGCUGGCACAACAGGAGCUGGAAGUGAGACUUAUGCAGCAUCUCAAAGUUCAUCCACGGAGUGUAAAAUCAGUAUGCUGGCAGAGAAAGAGGAAAAUGUACUUGCUUCUCAGAUUGCCGCUAGUGGUGAGGAUCAGAAACUGGAAAUCUUGAAGCACUAUAUUCAUUCCAACCCAUCUCUUUGCCAGCAAAUCCUGCUGUAUCAGCCCAUUAAACUGUCUGUACUGCAUGCAGAACUAAAGCAGAAUGGCAUGAGGAUUGCAUUGGACAAGUUGUUGGACUUUUUGGAUACCAACGGGAUCACGUUUACCACUGCAGAAACUCGGAGAGAGAAAAAACACCACCUGCACAGAUGCAAGAAAAAAGGGCAAAGAGUUUUCCACAGACUGCAGCUGAUGGGGGCAGGUCAUGCUUAAUUUGGUUAAGUCAAAACUGCCUUGUUGCCCAAAUUGAAGAUUUGAGCUGCUUGAUGUCAGAGUUGGUCACUCCCAUCCAAUCCUGAGGAAUGAUUUCAGCAUGCCUGUUGGGAUGACCGGUUAAGGCCAAGAAGUAUCUUUGCCCUACCUUUCCCCUAUGGCUGGCUGAUGUUGGAGGAAAAAGCAUACUCCUUCAUUUGUAAAGACAACUUUCAAGUUUAUGUUGCCUGAGUACCACCCAAGUAAUUUACUACAAAAUUGUCUCCCAGGGGGUGGUGUUGUGUAAAAAAAGCAAAACUGGGAAGAAGAGAGCAAGAUGAUGUGAUGUGAGAAGGCAGCAUUUUUACUGAACACUAAAUUUUUGCUUCUCAAAGAUUUGGGAGGACUGGAGGAUCAAAACCGUUAAUACUUGCAUAGGGGGGUGGUAAUGCAUGUCUUCUUUUAGACUGCUUAAAUUAUAUAAUUGAUUUCAUUACUUACUUUCCCUGUUAAAAAAACAAGAAAUCAUUUUAUGUACUAAAUGUGAAUAAAUCUUUUAAAAAUGUCAUUGGUCCCACAUUGCAACGUUUUUAAUCGUUACUGCCCAGAGUCAUGUAUAUAAGAUGGGCAGACGUGUUUAUUAAAUAAAUAAACAUUAACAUUAUGUCAUGCCCCUAUGUAAGAGGUUUUACAUGAUUUCCAUACCACCACCACCACUCUUCGCCUGAGGAAGGAUUUCUCUGUAUUUAGUGUACAACCUAUGUGGUAUUUUCAGUUACAUUGAAACUGUAAUACAUUAGAUACAAUUGUUAGUUAUGGUAUCUGACAAAACCCAUCAUGAGUGAUAAUGUAUGAGGCAGAGUAAGAAGCCCAAUUUU